AUGAGAUGGCAGCGAGUGAUCCUCGAUGAAGCGCGUUGGAUCAAGAACAGAAGAUCAACAAGUCAUCGAGCUUGUCUGCGACUGACGGCCAUCAACCGCUGGUGUUUGGCAGCAACGCCAUUGCAGAAUGAUGUGGACGAUAUCCAGUCUCUCUUGCAGUUCCUUAGAGUAGAACCACUCGACAAGUAUUCUACCUGGCUGACAUAUGUCAAGAAGUGA